CAUCGCUUCCGCACGGUUGGUUAAAAUUAGAGGAAGCAAUAUUUCCCUCGACUCCCCAGCUGCGACGGACUCUAUCGGCUUCGCACCUCUCGCCAUUUUAGUUUGCCGUUUUGAGGAAUAACACACACUUUUAAUUAUAAGGCGUUUUUCCCCUGCCGGCGACACCGAUCUCCAUGAUGAUGGAAAUGGAGGUGAUGCAUUCCAAUCCGCAGGACAUGGAGCUGAUCGACAUCCUGUGGAAUCAGGACAUCGAUCUGGGAGCCAGGCGGGAGGUGUUUGACUACAACCACCGCCAGAAGGAGCACGAGCUGCAGCGGCAGCGGGAGCUGGAGGAGGAGAAGAGGCUGCAUCUGCUCCGGGAGCAGGAGAAGGCCCAGCUGGCGCAGCUCCAGCUCGACGAGGAGACGGGAGAGUACAUACCGCGCCCGGCGCCCGCCGCCGCGCCGCUGGGGGCCUCACAGAAUGUCAGCUUCCCGGACGACGGCGAAGCCAUGUCGUUUGACGAAUGUCUGCAGCUCCUGGCGGAGACGUUUCCUGUAGAGGAAGCGGAGAACACCUCCGUGCCCGGCAGCAGUAACACCAUGGCCAUGACCCCCGAGCAGCCGGCGCUGCCAUCAGCCCCACAGACGAUGACCCCUGACCUGGAACAGGCCUGGAUGGAGCUGCUGUCCCUCCCUGAGCUGCAGUGCCUCAACAUGCAAAUGGAGGAAACACUGGAGACUACAUAUCCUCUGCCCAACAACCCAGAAGUACAAGAUCCCAACUUCCCGUUUUACCCCGUGACCAGUCUCCCAGACAGAGAAUCAAACACUCUGACCAUCGCUCCUGGAGAGUUCAUGAAUACGUUUGAUGGCUCCAUUCCUACUAUGGCUCCAUCAGACAGACUCAGCCGAGUGGAGGCGAACGCUCCUCUGCUAAAUACUAACUUUGGUGCCGAGAGUUUCUGCGACAUCUUUUACCCCGGCGCCGUCCUGGAGGAGAGCAGCGCCCAGCGGGGGGUCGAAGACAAUGACAGCGACGCCAUGUCUGACGUCCCCUCGCAGCCUUCCUUCACAACAAUGGACCUUUACAGCCUCUCGCCCGGGGAUGAGUUUGAUGGGGGCAAACACAGCGUGAUGGCGGAAACGCCAGACUCCGAUUCAGGAAUCUCCGCAAACACAAGUCCGAAUGGAAGCUCACCUGACAAAUCGGCGUACAGCGAUUCAGAAAUGGAGGAGAUGGACCACAACCCCGGAAGCGUGGAGUCUGAAUACUCGGAGAUGUUCUCGCUCAACUUCCAACCCGACGAUCACCAUUUGGCCAUUUUUGUGUCUGCACCCACGGAGCCAAUGCAGCAGGAGAAGAAGCCCAAGCAGCACAAGGCGGAGCCGGCUGAGGACGGCGGUCCGGACGACGCCCCGUUCACCAAAGACAAGCAGAGGAAGCGCUCGGACGCGCGUCUCUCCAGAGACGAACAGAAGGCGAAAUCCCUCAAGGUCCCCUUCUCCGUCGACAUGAUCAUCAACCUGCCCGUGGACGACUUCAACGAGAUGAUGUCCAAGCACCAGCUGAACGAGGCCCAGCUGGCCCUGGUCCGGGACAUACGGCGGCGCGGCAAGAACAAGGUGGCGGCGCAGAACUGCCGCAAGCGCAAGAUGGAGAACAUCGUGGGCCUGGAGCACGAGCUGGACUCGCUGAAGGACGAGAGGGCGCGUCUGAGGAGCGAGAGGAGCCGCAACGCCGGCGACCUGAAGGCCAUGAAGAAGCAGCUGAGCAGCCUGUACCUGGAGGUCUUUGCCAUGCUGCGGGACGAGGAGGGCAACUCCUACUCGCCGUCCGAGUACUCGCUGCAGCAGUCGGCCGACGGCACCAUCUUCCUCGUGCCGCGCGUUAAAAAAACUGUCAGGCGUGAAAACAACCACUUUUCUUCUCUGUGAUACGGUACUGCAUCAUCAUCAUCAUCAUCAUCAUAGCAAUACUAUGCAAUAGGUGUGUAGUCACUCAGCUUUAAAGCAUUAGCAGCUCAGCAGAACUAUUGUACAGUUUCUCUUAAAUGUUGUAAUAUUUUUGAUAUUUUACUUCUUUUAUACUCAGAUUCUUUAACCAAGACAAACAUUAUUGAGGUAAAAUGUUACUGUGUGUGCGUGUGUAUAUAUAUAUAUGUAUAUAUUAUAUCUGUAUGCUAAUGAUUGUUUCAAUCUUCGCUUACAUCAUAUUUUCUAACCUUCCCGUCAUGAUUUGCUCUGGUUGCCCUGGAUGGUUUUUAAAUCUCCUGUGCUUUACAAUAAACUAUUCCUACGGCUGUA